ACACAUUGAUAAACCUCCGGGUUUUCUAAAGCUUGAGAGUUGAGACUUCGGGAGUUGAGCGCGAUAUUGUUGUAAUUUGUAAGUGUUAUUUGUUUGUAUCAUAAUCCAUAAAGCGGUAAGCCAUUCGAAAAUAAUAAGGGAUUCUGGAUAUUUUGUAAGGUGGCCGACCUUUUUAGUCAAAAUGGCUGCACAAAUAAAACCCGGGCCGAGUUCGAACAACGAUAAGUUUAAUUCUAAUCGAAAACCAGUACUACUGGCCAAACUUGAAGGAUGUAGUGACAGUGUGAACAAAGCCAUUUUAAUUCCAGAAACUGACGGAGUCAUAAGCGUUUCCAGUGAUCGUACUGUAAGGGUAUGGCUAAAAAGAGAUUCAGGACAGUACUGGCCAAGUAUUUGUAAUUAUUUACCGUCACCUGCAGUCGAUUUAUUCUACAGAUCAACUACUAGACAAUUAUUUAUUGGACAAGAAAAUGGUACCAUAUCAGAAUACAUACUAGAAGAGGACUUCAAUCGCAUGGAGCCCAUUGGCGACAUCUUAGCUCACCACGGCCGUUUAACUGGUAUAAUUUGGACAGAAGUAGCUAUUGAUGGGACAUUGGAAGAAUGGAUUUUGAGUACUGCUCGUGAUAAACGUUUCCAAUAUCACAAUGCCAAGAACGGUAACCCAAUCGGUCCGCCCUUUGUUUCUACCUCAUGGUGUACAUCGUUAGAAUAUGAUCCGGAAUCUGCUCAUGCUUUUGUCGGAGAUUAUUCAGGAAAUAUUACCAUGCUUAACAUAAAAUCUGAUGGUUUGAAAGUAGUAACUACAUUAACUGGCCAUACUGCUAGUGUUGAAAUGCUUAUUUGGGAUUCAUCAUCAAGACGUUUGUUUUCAGCCGGACAUGAUCGUUUAAUAAUAAUAUGGGAUAUUGGAGGAGGCCAAGGCACUGCCUAUGAGUUGCAUGGCCAUACCAAUAGAGUUACAUCAUUGGCAUUCGUUUUGCCAAAAAAUCUAUUAAUAUCUGCUGGUGAAGAUUCAGUCAUGGUGUUUUGGGAUCUAAAUGCUCAAAGAAAAGAAACACCACCAUGGACUGAGUCGGAUAAUUGUGAAUCUUGUAGUCGACCAUUUUUGUGGAAUAUCAGUGGAAUAUUUGAACGCAAACAAUUUGGCUCGAGACAACAUCAUUGCAGAUCGUGUGGUCGCGCCCUUUGCGAUAAAUGCAGCCAAGAACAAUCUACUAUUCCGUCCAUGGGAUUCGAGCUUCCUGUACGAGUCUGUAAAUUCUGUAGCACUAAUAUAGAUCAUACACCAAUGGCUACAUUCCAUGACGCUAAACAUAGUGUAGUUACAAUGACGUUAGAUUUACAACGAAAAUGUGUUGUUACCAUUGGUCAAGAUCGAAUUAUUAAAAUCUGGGAUGUGUCAGCUUUUAUUUAAAAAAAAAAAAUAUAUCUUAAUAAAAAUGCCUAUAAUAAUUACUUUAGUCAUGUAUAUGAAUAAAUUAUAUUUUAUACUUAGUAUUGAUAAAGGUGAUUAUUCUGUCAUCAAAUAAAAACUAAGUCUUAUGUUGUCAAAUAUUCUACCUAUAUAAUACUAUAUUUAAUAAUUUAUACUUAUUUAUUUAUUAAUAUUACAUAUUAAAUCAAGUAUUUUAUAAUCAUUAAUAAGUGUGUAUUACUUUUUUUUAAAUUCAAAUUAUUGUUGAAAAA